UGGCGUUUUUGAUUGGUUUAAAAGUUCUGGAAUGUUCUUGUAACGUCAUAUCCGCCGGCGUGCCCAUGUUCUCUUUAGUCGAGGCAUAGGACCGAACCAAACGGGUAACAAAGAAGAAAAAGGCUCAACAUUUUUGACCGAGUUCUCUAAAAGAAAAAAGAACCAUGGCAAAGGCUCCAGCAGUUGGUAUUGAUCUGGGCACAACAUAUUCCUGUGUCGGUGUAUUCCAACAUGGCAAAGUAGAAAUUAUCGCCAAUGAUCAGGGUAACAGAACAACCCCCAGCUAUGUUGCCUUCACAGACACUGAAAGGCUUGUUGGAGAUGCAGCUAAAAACCAGGUUGCAAUGAAUCCAACAAACACUGUAUUUGACGCCAAAAGAUUGAUAGGAAGAAAAUUUGAAGAUGCCACUGUCCAGUCUGAUAUGAAGCACUGGCCAUUUGACGUUGUAAGUGAUGGUGGCAAGCCUAAGCUGAGAGUUGAUUACAAGGGUGAACAGAAGUCUUUUUUCCCAGAAGAAAUUUCUUCAAUGGUUUUGAACAAAAUGAAGGAAACUGCAGAGGCCUUCCUUGGCAAGACGGUUACCAAUGCUGUGAUUACUGUACCUGCGUACUUCAACGACUCUCAGAGACAGGCUACUAAAGAUGCUGGCACCAUUUCCGGUAUGAAUGUUCUCCGUAUCAUCAAUGAGCCCACAGCAGCUGCCAUUGCCUAUGGCUUGGACAAAAAGCGUGAAGACAAGGUCGGAGGUGAAAGAAAUGUGCUCAUCUUUGACUUGGGUGGCGGUACCUUCGAUGUGUCAAUUCUGACGAUAGAAGACGGUAUUUUUGAAGUGAAGUCCACAUCUGGUGACACUCAUUUGGGUGGUGAGGAUUUCGACAACCGAAUGGUGAACCACUUCAUCCAGGAGUUCAAGAGAAAACACAAGAAGGAUAUGAGCGACAACAAGCGUGCAGUACGUCGUCUUCGCACAGCUUGUGAGAGGGCAAAGAGAACUUUAUCAUCUAGCACACAGGCCAGCAUUGAGAUUGAUUCCCUCUAUGAUGGUGUUGAUUUCUACACAAGCAUCACCAGAGCCAGAUUUGAGGAGCUUAAUGCGGAUCUCUUCAGAGGCACACUGGAACCAGUUGAAAAAGCUUUACGUGAUGCCAAAAUGGACAAGGCUGGUGUCCAGGACAUCGUCCUAGUCGGUGGCUCUACUCGAAUUCCAAAGGUCCAGAAACUCCUGCAGGACUUCUUUAAUGGAAAGGAACUAAACAAGAGUAUCAACCCUGAUGAGGCCGUCGCCUAUGGUGCAGCUGUGCAGGCUGCCAUCCUCCAUGGUGACAAGUCUGAAGAGGUACAGGACCUCCUUCUGCUGGAUGUGGCCCCAUUGUCUCUGGGUAUUGAGACUGCUGGAGGUGUGAUGACCUCACUGAUCAAGAGGAACACCACCAUUCCAACCAAGCAGACACAAACAUUUACAACUUACUCAGACAACCAACCUGGUGUGCUCUUCCAGGUGUACGAAGGUGAGAGAGCCAUGACCAAGGACAACAACCUGCUUGGAAAGUUCGAGCUGACCGGAAUCCCACCUGCACCCAGGGGUGUGCCACAAAUCGAGGUGACCUUUGAUAUCGAUGCCAACGGUAUCCUCAACGUCACUGCUGCGGACAAGAGCACUGGCAAAGAAAACAAGAUUACCAUCACCAAUGACAAGGGUCGCUUGAGCAAGGAGGAGAUUGACCGCAUGGUGAAUGAUGCCGAGAAAUACAAGCAAGAAGAUGAAAAACAGAAGGAGCGCAUCACCGCCAAAAACCAGCUCGAGAGCUACUCAUUCAACAUGAAGACCACCGUAGAGGAUGAGAACAUGAAGGGAAAGAUCAGCGAGGAUGACAAGAAGACCAUCUUGGACAAGUGCAACGCAAUCAUUGCUUGGAUGGACAGCAACCAGCUGGCUGAUAAGGAGGAGUAUGAACACAAGCAGAAGGAGUUGGAGGGUGUGUGCAACCCAAUCAUCACCAAGCUCUACCAGGCAGGAGGGGCUCCACCUGGGGCUGGAGGUAUGCCACCAAACUUUGGUGGAGCUGGGGCACCCCACGGCGGUGGUCAAAGUGGAGGAUCCAGUGGCGGACCCACCAUCGAGGAAGUCGAUUAAUUUGAAAUUGGUGUAUGUUGCCCAUUAGAUCAAAAUGACAUGAAAAAUGUUCCUUUGCAAUCAAGAACAAUUCUUCUAUGUUAUUUAUUCGAACAUUUAUUCACCACCUAAGUAAGUCAUUGCCAUCAGUUUGUUACCAUCAUUACGUAAAUUAUUGUGAUCAUGAUUAAAAAUGUUGAGCCAUA